CAAAUGAAUUAAGAGCGAUACAACAUUCAACUGCUUUUGUUCUCCUAUAAAUGUAUUCUCGUCUUCCUUCUUUUUCGUGUUCUACUUGGGGGAGGAGGAAGACAGUACAUGUGAUAACAGAGAGUUUUUAGCUCACAGACGAAGCAAGAGUCAACAAUGGAGAAGUUCAACAAUAAAGGCAGCAGCGCCAAGCUGAAGCAUCGCCUCACUUGGAUGCUGCUCGGCUCCUCUUGCACCACCACCACUACCAUUGCAGAGGCCGCCCCUGAUCCCUGUACAGAUUUCCGCUACCGCAACAGCCGCCCCAGUCGUGCGACCGACGACCACCGCCCCCGCCGCGUCGACCCAGUCGGGCGUGUCAAGCCACUCUUUUUCUUGAUGAACAAGAAGGAGAAUGAUAAGGAAAAGAGGGCACUGAUCGAGUCUGUGAGUCCGUCUGAAGGUAAGCAGCGGACCAAGGAAGCCUCUGAGAGGAAGAAGAAGAAGAAGAAGAAGACGAAGAAGAAGAAGCAGAAGAAGGUGUUGUUCGAUGCUUAUGGAUUCACCAGCUCUUCUUCCUUGGACAGCGAGAACGAUCACGAUCUCUUCAGCAGUGAUGAAGAGGAGAAAGACGAGGACGAAUCAGGGACUCUGUUCUCAUCCAAGAGCUUCUCCACCGAAUCCUCUGAAUUCUACCACAGCAGCAGGAAGAAGAAGAAGAAGAAGAAGAACACGAGGAGAAAGAGCAUGAAGUCCACCCGGCGCCCGCCAAGGAGACGUGUGAAGCAUUCCCAAGAACCGCAGCCGCUGGUCUCCAUCUCAUCGUCCGAGAAGGAAACGAAGCCAGAGGCAGCGGCGUACAUUGCCGGGUUCCCGGUGGUGAAGCGAUCCACCGACCCUUACGGCGAUUUCAGGAGCUCAAUGGCGGAGAUGAUCGUGGAGCGCGGCAUGAGCAGAGCUCGCGACUUGGAGCGGCUCCUCCACGCUUACCUCCACCUCAACUCCCCUCGUCACUAUCAGGCCAUCCUCGAGGCGUUUUCCGAUGUAUGCGAAGCUAUCUUUGGCAAAUAGCUGAGCACUUGGAUCGACAGUGUAGAUUACAGUGUUCAUAUCGUUGUUCCACAUCAACAGUCUAACGCCCUUAUCGCUACCUGCACUCUAAUUGAAGCUCGAUCCUGCUCUGUUCUCUCUGGAUUUGUAGAUGUCAGCUCACUAUCUACUGUACUUAAGGAACCAUAAUCACACAUCCAUGUUCCAUGGGAGAACUCAAAUUACAUGAGGCAAUUAUCACCUUCAUGACCUCCUUUUAUUUCUCUGUCAUUGUGUUUACAUGAUAUCAAGCUACUGUGUUGGCCAUUGUAACCACACUGUGACAUUUAUGUUGAGAUGAACGAAGCUUAGAUUCCAUGCUGCUGCUAUACGUGACCCCAACCACAUUGAAAUCAAGGUCUAAAAUGUGACCAAAUGGAAGCCAAAUCUGGAUUCAAUUGUCCUUCCGGUAUCGCACCUCAGUGACUACACCUCGUGGGUGUGGAUUCUCUUGUCGGCAGCCGCAUAGGAUUCAGGGUUUUCUCGAGCACAAGAUUGAGCUGAUCUUGGUCGUCCAAGCUGUUUGGGACCGAACACAUGAGCUGCACUGUUAGGGUUCUUCUCGAAAUCGAGGCCUUGGAUCCUUCUCUUCUUCCUCGUCGUGGAAGCACGCCAUUUUACGU